AGGAGGAGGGUGCUCCUGGGCCAGUAGUGGGACAGAGGCUUCCUUAGGGAGAAGAAUUUUGCCGCUUGCCAAGGUGUGGGCUGGAACCACCAAGGCCUCUUGAGACAGUGAAGAGAAUACCCAGCUCUGAUCUGAGGACUGGGGGAGAGUGCCAUCCUCAAGGCCAAGACUAUUUUCAGAGGAGAAAGAACUGGAUGCCUGGCCAACCGUGUGCCACCAGGGAAUGCCAUGGACUCAGCAACCAAGGACGAAAUGCAGCCCUCACUUCCCCCUGGCUCUUCCUGCCCAGGGCCUGAGUGGCCAGAGCAAGAGAAGGCGGAGCAGCUGGCCAGAGGAGCAGCACUCAAAUGGGCCUCAGGCAUCUUCUACCGGCCAGAGCAGCUGGCCAGGCUGGGCCAGUACCGCAGCCGUGAAGUUCAACGUACCUCUUCCCUGGAAGCACGCAUUAAGUCGGUGGUGCAGUCCUACCUGGAGGGCGUGAAGACUGGUGUGUGGCAGCUGGCCCAGGCGUUUGAGGCUGUGCAGGGAACCCGUGAGGCCCUGGGCCAGGCCCGCGGGUUGCUCCAAGGUAUGGCAGAGGCCACGCAGACCCUACAACCACUGCGAGAACAGGUUGCACAGCACAAGCAACUGCAGGUCCUGUCUCAGCUGCUGCCCCGGCUGCGGGCAGUGCCAGCUGCGGUGGCCCACACACAGACCCUGAUUGGUGCCCAGCGGCUCUUGGAGGCAUAUGUGUGUCUUCGGGAGCUGGAGCAGCUGCAAGAGGAGACGUGGGCACCUCUGGGGGGCCUGGAGUUGCCGGUCUUCGAGGGGCUGGGCCCUCUAGCUGAGGCUCUGGGCCAGGCUGUGGAGGCGGCUGCGGGGGUAGCAGGGCAGCUGGCCCGGGAGGACCCAGCCUUGCUGGUGGCUGCUGUGCGUGUGGCAGAGGUGGAUGCUGGGCACACAACCUCCCUGGAGCUGCCCCCCCGGGACUGGCGGCGGCGCUGUCUGCAGGCACUGCAGGAGGGCCUGGAGAGGACCCACUUUGGGACACCUCUGCUGCUUGAACCAGGGGCCCUGGCAGGGUGGCUGGAGGCUCUGCGGGUGGCUCUACCAGCUGAAUUGGCCAUAGCUGAAGCACUAGUAGCACCCUGCUGCCCACCACACUACCAGGUGGUCCGGCUGUGGGCCCACACCCUGCACAGUGGACUGCGUCGCUGCCUGCAGCAACUGCUGGAAGGGCCUGCCCUAGGAGCUGCUGAUGCCUUCACCUUACUGCGCUGGACACUGCAUGUGUACCUGGGGCCAGAAAUGAUGGGGAGCCUGGAGUUGGGGCCUGAGGCUGACGUGUCUCAGCUGGAGCCCCUCCUGACCCCAGAGAACAUUGAACAGCUGGAGGCAACAUUCGUGACCCAAAUCCAGGUUAAUGUGGCCCAGUGGCUGCAGAAGGCACUGGAUGGGGAGGUAGCUGAGUGGAACCGAGAGCAGGAACCUGGCACAGACUCCUCUGGCUUCUACCACUCACCUAUGCCAGCCAUAGUGCUGCAGAUCCUGGAAGAGAACAUUCGGGUGACCAGCAUGGUCAGUGAGUCACUGCAGCGGCGGGUGCACAUCAUGGCACUAUCAGAACUGGGCACAUUCCUGAGGAGCUUUAGUGAUGCUCUGAUCCGAUUCUCCCGAGACCACAUCAGGGGUGAAGUAAUGGCUCCUCAUUAUGUGCCCUACCUACUGGCCACCCUCAACUACCAGUCAGCACUCAGCUCCUCCGUGUCCGUCCUGCAACCCGGUGGGGCGGCUUCAGGAGCCUUGGCCCCGGUGGAGGCAGCGCUGGACGAGUUGCAGAGGAGGAUCUGCCGCCUGGUGUUGGAGGCGCUGCUGGCGGAGCUCCAGGUCCGUACGUUCCUCCAGCCCCGUCUCUGCCUCACCCGACCCCACCCAGCCCCUGUUCGAAGCUCUGCCCUCGCGUCGGUGGUUGUCGAGCCCAGAGCUGCUGGACAAUGUAUGCGAGCGGACGGCAAGCUUCUGCCAGGAUUUCAGGCGAGUACGGAAUCCUGCGAUCCAGGUGCGCUUAAGGGAAAGGCUGGGAAGUGGGGAAGCGCCCAUCGGAAAGGCGUCUUGGACCCAUUGCGUUCUCUGCAGCUGCUUCUGGCUGAGGCGGAGCGUACGGUGGUACUGCAGUACCUACGUGCGUUGAUGCAGGGCCGCCUAGUGUGCCGAGGAGCCGAGGAGAGGACCCAGGCGGCCGAGCGUCUGCAGCACGAUGCAGCCCAGCUUCGGGAACUUUUCCUUGGUUUGGGCCUGGAGGAGAGUUAUCAGUGCGCGCCAGUGCUCCUCGCUCUCCGGGAUCUGCUGAACCUCCGUGACCCUAUGCUGCUCGGCCUCGAGGUGGCAGGCCUGCGACAAAAAUUUCCCGACGUGAGCGAGGAUCACGUCUCAGCCCUCUUGGACCUGCGCGGGGAUGUGUCCCGAGAGCAGCGCCUGGCCGCACUCAGCUCCCUGCAGGCCGGCCCGCAGCCCUCGCCCUCUGCGGGUCGUCGAGCACUCUUCAGCCUCGUGCCAGUACCUACCCCUGCACUGUCCUCCUGCCUUCCCUCCGGGCCCUGUGCCUGACGCCAGGCUACCCUCGGAAUACAGCCACUGCCCCGUCGCCUGAAUUGUGUAUUGGGGAAGGGGGAUGAAAUAAAAGUGUGAAGAUUAGGGGGUCCACGUUCA